AUGAUGAGAUCAGCUCACAGACCAAAGUUGACCGAGACAGAGCACGAACGACUCUUGGAGCAACGAAACCGAAUCGUUGCAAAAGUGCGCGGCAUCAGCUACGAUCUACCGCAGAAGAUUGAGCCAUAUGCCGACCCGCAAGUAGCUCUGCUGAAUCCAGAAAUGUACAACUGUCAAAUGCGAAUCAAAAUAUCACCAGGAGGGAAGCGGAUGAGCCCACCGCCUUCAGCCAGGAUCCAGAACGUCGAUCCGCUCGAGAAUUACAACGUUUGGCUAGAAUUCCGCGGCUCUUCAGGACACACGGAUCUCUACAGACAUCCGAGAAGCCCUCAACUGGGGUGGCGUUGGAUGGAAGACACGGUCAAGUUCUCUCGCCUAAAACUCUACACGCAUCCCCAGGGGGACGUCCUCCACGAUGGCGUCAUCUUGCGAACCAGUCAAUUGUACUGUAUCGAUAUCCACAUCGCGAAAGUUGCUGCAAACGGUCACAUGCCGAAAGAAUCUCACAGAUCGUUCACAUUCGUGGGACCUUGGUUCAGGCCCUUCAACGUGGGAGACUCACCCAUUUAG